UGAUAGCCAUCAAAAUCAAUUUCGAGGUUGCAAAGAAAAGUGAAGAUGCAUUUGUCCUGAAGGAAGCAAUCAGCAAAAGAGCCAAACGCUCACUUCCCUCCACACCAUAUUGCCUUCCAGCUGCCACUAUGGUCCACACUUGCCUCUGUCUUCAAAGGUGAAUCAGUAGAACCACUCCCUUGAUCACCUUUCAAAUUCACAAUCACCUCACAGGCAUCACAGGCCCAAAACCCAAAUCAAAUCAACUUGGGUUCGGCUCCAAUGGCUGGAUCAUCAUCAUCAUCAUCUCACAAACUAGCUUUCCCCUUCAUCCUUCUCGCCAUGAUCACCAUCACCAUUCUUCUCUUCCAAACACUCCCAGUCUCCGGAAGCUUCGCCAAAACCUUUAGUCGGAAUAGAUCACUGGGGCUUAAAAAAGAGAAGCUCAGUCACUUCCGCUUCUACUGGCACGACAUCCUCGGAGGUCUCAACCCCACCACCGUCAGAGUGGCCGGAGCCCCGACAAACACAUCGUCGUCGACAGGCUUCGGUCUCAUUUACAUGAUCGAUGACCCAUUAACGGAAGGGCCAGAGAUGAGAUCGAAGCUCGUUGGAAGAGCUCAAGGGUUCUACGCAUUUGCUUCGCAGCAAGAAGUUGGGUUGUUGAUGGCCAUGAAUUUUGCUUUCAUGGAAGGGAAAUACAAUGGAAGCACUAUCGCUAUACUGGGGAGGAAUACGGUUAUCUCGGCGGUUAGGGAGAUGCCGGUGAUCGGAGGGAGUGGGCUUUUCCGGUUUGCGAGGGGAUAUGUUCAGGUCAAGACUCAUAGCCUCAACUUUACCGCUGCCGUUGUUGAGUACAAUGUCUAUGUAAUGCAUUAUUGAUGUUUUACUAUGCACAUCGUUUUACCAAAAAAAAAAAAAUGUUUUACCACGCACAUCAGGUCAUUGCAUAGAUAGAUAAGGUUUUGUUUAAAAAAAAAAAAAGG